CGACUGUCAGCGUCUGUGUUUUCUCGAGUUUGGGUACUUGCCGGCGAGAGAAACCACUGCAGAUUUAAGGCGGAGAGCAAUCCUGGUUUUGAGGGUUGCAAGUCGAGAAAAAAAGGGAGAUCCCUUUGCGGGCGGUGAUCAAGAUGCAGUUUACUGGAGGAAAUCGGAGGAAGCUUAGGUUGGCAGGUGACCAGAGGAAUGCUUGCUACCCUCACAGCCUUCAGUUUUACUUGCAGCCACCUUCUGAAAACAUAUCUUUGAUAGAGUUUGAAAACUUGGCUAUUGCUAGAGUUAAAUUGCUAAAAUCAGUUGAAAAUCUUGGUGUGAGCUAUGUGAAAGGAACUGAGGAAUACCAGAGUAAGUUGGAGGCUGAAAUUCGAAAACUCAAGUUUUCCUUCAGAGAAAACUUAGAAGAUGAAUAUGAACCAAGAAGAAGAGAUCAUAUUUCUCAUUUUAUUUUGCGUCUUGCUUAUUGUCAGUCAGAAGAUCUUAGACGCUGGUUUAUUCAACAAGAAAUGGAUCUCCUUCGAUUUCGAUUCAAUAUUUUACCCAAGGAUAAAGUUCAAAGUUUUUUAAAGGAUAGCCAUUUGCAGUUUGAGGCUAUAAGCGAUGAAGAGAAGCAUCUACGAGAACAGGAGAUUAUGACCUCAUCACCAAGUUUAAGUGGGACUAAGUUAGGGUUGGAGUCAGUUUAUAAGAUCCCUUUUGCUGAUGCUCUGGAUUUGUUCCGAGGAAGGAAAGUCUAUUUGGAAGAUGGCUUUGCUUAUGUACCACAUAAGGACAUUGUGGCAAUCAUCCUGAAUGAAUUUAGAGCCAAACUCUCCAAGGCUUUGGCAUUAACAGCCAGAUCCUUGCCUGCUGUGCAGUCCGAUGAAAGACUUCAGCCUCUACUCAACCACCUCAGUCAUUCCUACACCGGCCAAGAUUAUAGUACCCAGGGAAAUGCUGGGAAGAUUUCUUUAGAUCAGAUCGAUUCGCUUUCUACCAAAUCUUUCCCACCUUGCAUGCGUCAGUUACAUAAAGCCUUGCGGGAAAAUCACCAUCUUCGUCAUGGAGGCCGAAUGCAGUAUGGUCUGUUCCUGAAGGGCAUUGGUUUAACACUGGAACAGGCGUUGCAGUUCUGGAAGCAAGAAUUUAUCAGGGGAAAGAUGGAUCCAGAUAAGUUUGAUAAAGGUUACUCUUACAAUAUCCGUCAUAGCUUCGGAAAGGAAGGCAAGAGGACAGACUAUACACCUUUCAGUUGCCUGAAGAUUAUUCUAACCAAUCCACCAGGCCAGGGGGAUUAUCAUGGGUGCCCAUUCCGUCACAGUGAUCCAGAGCUGCUGAAGCAAAAGUUGCAGUCAUACAAGAUCUCUCCCGGAGGGAUAAACCAGAUUUUGGAUUUAGUAAAGGGGACACAUUACCAGGUAGCCUGUCAAAAGUACUUCGAGAUGAUACAUAAUGUGGAUGAUUGUGGCUUUUCUUUGAGUCAUCCUAAUCAGUUUUUUUGCGAGAGCCAACGGAUUCUAAAUGGUGGUAAAGACCUCAAGAAAGAAUCUAGCCAGCCAGAAACUCCUCAACCCAAACCAAGCAUCCAGAAAACCAAGGAUGCAUCAUCUGCUCUGGCCUCUUUAAAUUCCUCUCUGGAUAUGGAUAUGGAGGGACUAGAAGAUUAUUUCAGUGACUGAUCCUUGGGCAGUUUAGUAACCCUUUUUCCUCUUUGUUUCCUAUUUUUAAGAUUUUUGCCCUUUUUUUCUUUUUUUAACCUUCUUGUUUAACUUCUCCUUUCACAUGUACACACACUUAUUAGGAAAGCAGGCUUGCAGGUAAAAACAAAAACCUCCACUAUAAUUUGCUUUGACAAAAGGGAAGAGAAGAGUUUCUAUUGAAAUAUGUCACUUGAAUGGUGUGAUUUAAGUUUGUUUUGGGAGAUAAAAACAGCUUUCUGGACUGGUUAAAGUCCCCCCAAAACAAUAUAGCUAAAAACGAGUUUUAUUUUAACACUUAUCACUUUGUAAUUUUGACCCAAUCCUUUUUUGGACCAUUUUUGUUAAUAUCAAAAUGUAUAUGAUGGUGUAUAAUUUGGAGAGUCUUAUUCUGUCCUUCAGUUUUUAAGAAUGGUAUUUCGGUACAUCCAACACACUGCCAAUAGCCAAUGAAGAUUUUAAACUUUUUUUAAGUUGGCCUAUUUGUGGUUAUUCUACAUCUGGCCCCCUUGAGUAGCAGCAGACUCUACUGAAAUGAAUUGUGACUUGGGAAUCAAGAGAAACAGAAUUUGUAUAGGCAGUUAUAUUGAUUAAGGAAUAAGUAUUUCAUUAUAUGAAAUAAUGGCACUUCUUAUCUGCUGCCAUUUUCCAUUCACUCUAGGGGUAGUUUCACAAAGACCAGACCAUUCCUAAAGCAAGAAGGUUUUAAGUCUAAAGUGUUUUUCUAUUCCACCGUCCAGCUUCCAUACCUUAUUCUUCUGUGGUUGCCGUGACUUUCCAAAUAAGUCUGAUAAACUUAUUAACUUCAGUAAUGAAUAUUCUAACAGUUACAGUAACCCCUUCCUUCCAGUGCCAGCAAUGGAAUUUUGUAAAUGUUGUGGACAAUUACAGACAUACUAGAUCAGUUUCCCACUUUCUCCACCUGCCUUUGUCAAGGAGGUGAGAUGGGGGUGGAUGAUCCCUGUCACUUUGUGUGUUGUGGGGCAGUGUCCUUGUAGAUCUCCUUAUCCAACUGAUUUCCUCCCUGGGGUCUCUACUCACUCACCCAGAGGAUUUGGGACUCUUAGGAGAUCCAGUUUGAAAUUUAAAUCUUCCUCACCUAUUACCUCAAAUUAUCUGAAAAACAUUAGUCUAUUUCAGUCUCUUUUCCUAGUAAAGAGGCGUACUUUUGCUUUAGCCUCUUGAAUCAGAUACUAACUAAAUUGAAAAUAAGACAUUGUAUUCAGAAAACUGGACUGUUAGAAGCACCAUGUUUUUAAUCCUGUGAUAAACUGCAUUAAUAUGAAAAGGAUUUAAACAGAUCAGAUCAUCAAAACCUAAAAAUGUCAGGUGAUCAGGUUUUUAGUUUAGGCUUUGGAGUCAAAGGUUUCUUUGAACAUUAAUAACAUAAUUAAAUGAGAUACUAUCUGA